GCGUGAGACAGCCGCAGCUCCAGAAUUUGUUAACUUGUUAAAUACUGUUAAGAAACGAACUUAAAUAAUUACGACGGUCACGUAACAGACAAAUUCAAUUCUCCGGUUCACCGUAAUGCUAAAGUCUUCACAGGCAGUCGCCGUCCAUAACCCUCUGGUCCCCGUCACUCAAGCCAUAGAAAACGGAUUCAACUGUAUGCAGAAACUCACGAAGAACAAGAAGAAACUGGGAUGCCACCGCCUGAUACUCGUUGCCUUUCAGAAAAUCAAGUUGAUCAACCGACAAGACCACGAGUGUUCGCCGCACCCGCUAUACAACACGGAGGCAUGCCGCUCUACCUGCCUUCAUAAGCACGUUGUUCACCGUCACGGCUGCAAGCUACCAUACAUGAACGUGGAAGGCCCCGAAUGCCGAACGCCCGAGAAGGUGAAGGCCGUCGAGGAAAGCAUGAGGUACCUCUUCUUCAACGGGCAUUUCAACUACACCCCCUGCGGCUGCGUCCCCGAGUGCUUCUCCUCCAUCUACCGCCAGAACACCGACACCACGUGGAACACCAACAGGAACGCGAUUAUGAAGGUAUAUUUCGCAGGAACUGAGUACGAGGAGGUGGUGGAGUCGUACUCCUUUUCCUCCUCAAACCUCGUGAGCCGAAUUGGAGGCUUCAUGGGCCUGCUUCUGGGAGCGUCCGUCCUCUCCCUCCUUCAGGCUGGGGAGCUGGUCCUCCAUAAGGCAAGGAGGAUACUGUACUGGGUCCUGUGCGCGGUUUUACGUUGCGAGGCAGAAUAGUAUUCAUUUCUUGUGAAGGUGUGAAUGUAUUUUGUAGAAAGGUAUGGAGGUGUAUCAAGUAAAGUCGGAAGCUUUGAAUUGAAGUCUUAGGAUGUGAAGAUAAUGUUAUGGUGAUCUAUGUAAUUGGUAAAUAAAACGUAGUUCCAGGAUGCUUAUAAUGGUUAUAGCAGGCAUGAUGUGAGGCUCAUGUCAAAUAUCUGAAAUGGUAUUAUUAUAUAAUAUAUGGACUUUUCUUAAUCUCUUCAUUUAUCUAAUUAUUCUGUACAACAGGUAGAAACUAUUUUAGUUAAGCUAUGGUAUUUUUAACAUCCUGGAAUGUUUAUUCUUCUUAUAAAUCUUUUUGUUGAAAUAUAAAAUUACGUGUGAAAAUAGAUGUGUAUGAUCAAGUACCAUAUGAAAUUGUUUUCUAUUUUCUGGCAUUUUUCAUUAAGAUAGAAUUUACUACAUCAGGUUCCUACUAUCAGAUAUUGUCACUUAUAAGGAAAAUGUGUUCCUGGUAUACAGGUGUUAUGCAUACUAAAGUAUUCAUCUAUUGCCAAUAUUUGUUCUAGCUUUUUUAGUUAUAUACAGUAUUCAGCAAUCUCACUACAUACCACACCUUAGUUUUUUGAAAUUUCUAUGCACAUUCUAUGAGGUCUGUAUAUAUUUUUCACAGUAAGUAGAUGACGUUUGUAUUUGUCAUUGUAUUUAACAUGUAUGUAUAUAUGCCUUUUCUUUAAUAUAUAUGGUAUAUUUUUCAUUAUAAAUUACAGUUUUCAAGGUAUGCAGUCAAAUGUAUAGAUUUUAAAAAUAAAAUCUAGUUAACAUUAGUUGUAGAAAUCUUAUGAACUAUUUAAAAUAAAAGGAAUUAAUCUUGUCAAAGCUUUGAUUUUUUUUAAUCACAAAGGAAAAAGGAAAGUCAUGAGUUCAGCACAUAAAUUUAUAUUUUUUUCACACCUUUUUAUUUACAUGGAUAACCUAGUCAUGUCUAAACGGGACAACAUAACGGAUGUGCACGAGGAUCAUGAUGAAACAGGUACCAAACAGUGUACAUAAUUUAUAAAAAUUUACAUUAUAUACAUCUAAAGAAUUGAGUAGCUGUGACUCAAUAUAAACUAAAUCAAAUAAAUACACUCUGAAACAAAUACAGUACAUCUGCCAUAUACACGAAAGAAACAGGCUAUCAGAGCUUUUGGAAUGGGCUAAUGCAUAAUCAGUACUAUGCCGUGACGCAACCCAGACAGGUAAUGAUGUACAAGUACUUAUCACCAUUCCUUUAAUCACUUCAUUAUCUUUUCACUUUUUCAAGGUUUGCCAUUCUGACACAAGCUGUUAUCUUGUCAACGGCAUUUUUUCUAUUUGAUCUUUGUCUUUAAAGCCCUUUAAUGUAAAUAGUUGAACUGCAAGCAAUAAAAAUUAUAUAUCUAUAUUCAAACAUAUAAAUGUGAAUCUUUGGUUAGAGAUGCCUCUCAGAAUGAGGCAAUGAUUAUAUUCAUAUAAAGUAUAGAUUAAAAAAGGAGAAUAAGAGAAAAAAAAAUAAAAACAUACAAAGAAAUGAGGUGCUCUAGUUGAUAGGUCAACUGUCAGGUUGUUCUUACAGCCUUGCAAUAUUCUUGUGCACAGGAAAAUGGUGUGCAAGGCAGUAAUUGGAUAACCACAAAGAAUGGAUCAGAGAGAAAAAAAAAAUUAUGAUACAGUUUAAAA